GGUGGCCAUGGACAGAGCGGCUCUGCCGGGACUGCCUCGCCUCUGCGUCCUGUGGGCAACUCUGCUCGCCCUGUUCCCCUGCGGCGUUCACGGAAACUGGAUGUGGCUGGGCAUUGCCUCCUUUGGGGUCCCAGAGAAGCUAGGUUGCGCCAACUUGCCUCUGAACGGCCGUCAGAAAGAACUGUGCAAAAGGAAACCUUAUCUGCUGCCCAGCAUCCGAGAAGGGGCACGACUGGGCAUCCAAGAGUGCAAGAGCCAGUUCAAACAUGAGCGGUGGAACUGCCAGGUGUUCUCGCCCGCUGCCUCUGCCCCCGCCGCCGCCGCGCCCCCGGCUGCCUCGCCAGGAGCCGCCCCUCUCUUCGGUUACGAACUGAGCAGCGGCACCAAAGAAACAGCAUUUAUCUAUGCGGUGAUGGCAGCAGGUCUGGUGUAUUCUGUGACAAGAUCAUGCAGUGCAGGGAACAUGACAGAGUGCUCCUGUGACACCAACUUGCAAAAUGGUGGCUCAGCUACUGAAGGUUGGCAUUGGGGUGGCUGCUCUGAUGACAUCCAGUAUGGCAUGUGGUUUAGUAGAAAGUUCUUGGAUGUCCCUACCAAAAACACCACUGGAAAAGAUGGGAAACUGUUAGCAAUGAAUCUACAUAAUAACGAAGCCGGGAGGCAGGCAGUAGCCAAGUUGAUGUCAGUCGACUGCCGCUGCCAUGGAGUUUCGGGUUCCUGUGCUGUGAAAACUUGCUGGAAAACCAUGUCUCCCUUUGAGAAGAUUGGUCAUUUUCUAAAAGAUAAGUACGAAAACAGUGUGCAGGUCUCGGAUAAAAUGAAAAGAAAGAUGCGCAGGAGAGAAAAAGACCAGAAAAAGAUAUCAGUGCGCAAGGAUGAUCUUCUCUACCUUAACAAAUCGCCCAACUACUGCAUGGAGGAUCGAAAAUUAGGCAUCCCUGGGACGCAGGGCAGAGAGUGCAACCGCACUUCGGAAGGAGCAGAUGGGUGUAACCUCCUCUGCUGUGGGAGGGGUUACAACACCCAUGUAGUAAGACACGUGGAGAGGUGUGAAUGCAAAUUUAUCUGGUGCUGUUAUGUUCGCUGCAGGAGGUGUGAAAGCAUGACUGAUGUCCACACCUGCAAAUAACCUGGGCUCCAAUCCAGCAUCACCAAAAGCUCCGGGUGAUACACAACCAAAAUAUAACAGACUUAGUCUAUAUUUCUGAAAGGGAAAGGUUAGUGAAGUUUAAUCAGGUCCACCACCAUGUCUGGAUUUUAGUCUCUAAUAUUUUCUUCUAAUUAAAAGCAAGUUCACACUUCCUUGACUUGGAUUUCCCUGAAAUUCCAAAGGUUUGAUUCAACAAAUAUAUAUUAAACACCCGCCCUGUGCAAAUGUAAGUUUAGGUUCAUCUGUCUUUGUUUAGAUGCCUUUUGGGUAGGGGACGAUGACCAAGAAAAAAGCGGUGAAGAGACUCUCCAAAGGAGAAACAGGUCCAUGAAGAUGUCAGCUCAUGAUGAGACACUCGACCCAUAAUUGGCAUAAUUUGCUUAAAUGUGAAUUUGAUCAAGCAGAUGUAGUAACUAUUUUUAAAAAGAAUAUUGCUUACAGCAACAAAGCACUUAAGCAAGGAUGUUAUCACAUGUCAGUAUUUUUGAAGAAGGCUUUACGAAGAGUUCCUAGAAAACGAAACUGUAAAUAUGUUCAUGGAAGUGGCAUAAAUGCAUUUACCCUUUCAUCUACUUAGGAAGAAGGCCAGAUUACCAAAAGUAUUAGGGAAAGACAGACUCCCUCUUAAAAUAUGGUGCCCAUUAAAUAUAGCUGGUAUCCAAGGCAAAUAGAAAUCGAUUUUUAAAAAAG